CGCUCGUUUGUCUUUUGGCAGAGAGACAGUCUUUUUUUUUUUUUUGAAAUAGGACGACAGAAUAAUUCGAGAAGGGUUUGUCCGGCGUUGUUUCAUCUUUCGUAAUCUGUUCCUGCACGGACUGUUGCCCAAGUUUAUUUGGUCUUCGGAUUUCAAGUUCCCUUUGGUAUUACCAGGUUCCGCUCGACGAUUGAAUCUGUUAGUCAUCGGCGGAGGAUCCGGCCAGAUCGAGAUCGUCAAUCCAGAACCCCGGGCCCAAGAUCACUACAGAUCGGAUAUUGUUUUCCAGUUGACGGAACCGCGAUGGGCGACGCCGCGCAAAGCUCCUCGAUCUCGAGGAUUGCCAUUAUAGGAGGUGGUCCGGUUGGUGUGUCUUGUGCCAAAUAUUUAUUGGCCGAAAAAGCAUUUGAUACAAUCGACAUAUACGAGCAGCGGGAUGGAGUAGGCGGGAUCUGGAACCUGUCGCCGCCGACGCGGUCGAAGAGGAUUCCUAUCCCUCAGCUUGAUCCGUUCUAUGGACAAAAGGGCAGUCAUGCCGAAGAGGAAACUCUGGAGUUCGAAUCCCCGCUCUACGACUACUUGGAGACCAACAUUCCGAAACAGCUAAUGGCGUUUUCGGACAAGCCGUUCCCAGACGAAGAACCACUGUUCCCCAGCCAUCAGGCUGUCCUCAGGUAUUUGAAUGAAUAUGCCGACGAAGUGCGGCACUUGAUCCGGUUUCACACGGCGGUGCGCGAUGUCAAACAGUUUAUCGACUCAAAAACCGGCCAGGAACGGUGGGCUCUGCAGGCGGAAGAUCUGCAAACCAAGCAGACUAUCAGCGAGGAGUAUGAUGCCGUCGUGGUCGCCAACGGACAUUACACCGUGCCGUAUGUGCCGGACAUCAAGGGCGUGGCGGAGUGGAACGCCACGUACCCAGGGCACAUUAUACAUUCCAAAGCGUACCGCAAACCCGAGGACUUUACGGGCAAGAAAGUGAUUGUGGUGGGCAAUUCGGCGUCCGGACUCGACAUCGCCACGCAGAUCGGAAAGUACUGCAAGACCCCCGUACUGCUUUCGGCGCGCUCUGUCUCGGCCUUCGGAACCCUGCCACCCGCGGAAUGGCGCGAUGAUGUCGACGAGUUGGUUGAGUUUCUGCCUAAGAAGGAGGGCGAAUAUCGAGCUGUAAGGUUCAGAAGUGGCCGGGUUGAAACGGAUGUCGAUGCUGUUGUUUUUGCAACGGGGUAUUUCUACUCUUAUCCGUUUCUUCAGACCGUCUCGCCCCAAGUGGUCACCGAUGGUUUCCGCACCAGGGAUGUGUAUCAGCAUUUAUUUGAUAUUCAACAUCCCACGCUUGCGUUUCCGGUCAUUAAUCUGAAGAUUAUACCGUUUCCGCUCUCGCAGAAUCAGGCGGCCGUCCUGGCGAGGGUCUGGAGUGGACGCCUGGAUUUGCCGUCGACGGAUGAAAUGAGACAGUGGGAGCAGGAUACGGUCAAGGAGAAGGGCGAUGGGAAGUAUUUCCAUCUCAAGAAGUUUCCGGAGGAUGCUGCCCAGAUCAAUGAGCUCUAUGCCUGGGCCGAGAGCGCGAGAAAGAGACAAGGUUUGGAGAAUGAUGGGGCGGGCAAACGUGGUGCUAGAUGGCUGGAGAGGCAGGUCUGGUUGAGAUCCAUCUUUCCGAAUGUCAAGGCUGCUUAUUUGAAAAAGGGCGAGGAUAGAUAUAAAGUUAGGACGAUCGAGGAGCUGGGAUUUGAUUUUGACGAGUGGCGGAGCAAGGCUGACGAUAAGGAGUUGGACAUGUUUCAAAAGGCCAAAUGCUCUUUGGUUUCUCAAUGAUAUUGUACAUUGUAUAUAUGAAUAGAUAGAGCUGAUAAACAAUUGAGCGGUCCAGAGGCCGGAUUUUGUGUCGGCUUAUGGAACGGAUAUGCCAAUCACCAAACAAGACAAAGGGGAUCCCGGAUUUCAGCCUUGUCGACUAGAAUGGUGGACAAAGCUCGACGGGUCCUCACUUAACUUAAC